AUGGCAGUUGCAACACCGAAACGACCACAGAAGCGAGUGCGACGGGAGCCCAUCCGGGUGCCUCUCAAGGAGCUCGAGGUGAACAAGGGAGAAGAUAUGGGGGGUCAGCAGGUUGGAGAGGUGGACAGAGGGGUGUCCACGGAACCCUUGUGUUUGAAGCGACGCAAGGUGGAGUGUUUUGAGGACGACUCAGUUCGUGUGUUGUCUCCUCCGAGAGAGUCAUGUGAUCCAUUCACCGAUUCCUCGGCCACUUCAGGGUCGUCUUUCGCAUCACCACCUCCGCUUCAUCCCCACUUGGUCGAGUUGAACAAAAUCAAGAGCAUGUUUUCUCGAGGAAGCAAGGGACACAUCCUGGCUGCUGACCAGGAAAUGGUUGGUCGACAAGUUGAGGAAGCAACGUUGCUGCGUUACUUUGAAGGCAGACUGCAGGCAAAGUACUCUCAACCUGGUGCUGCACUGUACGUGAGUGGACCUCCAGGUACAGGCAAGACGGCCCUCCUUCAGAGAGUCAUGGACAAGGUAUUUCGGGGCAAGGAGGGAAUCAAGGUUGCUAGUAUCAACUGCAUGCUGGCUCCGAGCGCGCGAGCCAUCAUGAACCUCAUUUACAAACAGUUGAGUGGGGUUGAGGAGAAUGAGGCCUUGUCCGCAGACAUUUCGUUUGACAAAAGUGUGGCGAAACUCGAGGAGCUAUUCAUGUGCCAGACUUCUAAAGAGUUUGCUGAGCGAGGCACGUCAAUCGUGGUGCUCGACGAGAUCGACCAUAUCAUGACUAGAGAUCAGGACAUUCUGUUUCGCAUUUUCGAAUGGGCCUUCUGCAAGGGUUCGCGGUUGAUUCUCGUUGGUAUUGCUAAUGCUCUGGAUUUGACUGAUAGAUUUCUGCCACGACUCAAGGCGAAUAAUUUCUACCCUCAGCUGUUGAAAUUCAAGCCCUAUGACGCGGUUCAGAUUGCCUCCAUCAUCAAGUCUCGUAUUGUGAAGGCAUCAGACGAGUUCUCCAGGGAGCACAGUUCCCUGAAAAAAGAGGUUGUCGUUAAGAAGGAAGAAGACUUGAUUCUGUCCCCCCUGAACACACCCAAAAAGACUCAAAUUGACCCUACUACCCUCACUCUAACCCCUCCUCACACUCCUACAGACAAGACACCUGCUGUGGCCCCAACCACCAUGGCCAUCCACCCUGCUGCGAUCCAAUUGUGUGCCAGAAAAGCAUCGGCAAACACUGGAGACCUGAGAAAGGCCUUUGACAUUUGUCGGAAGGCUCUGGAAAUCUCUGAACAAGAGUUCAUCCAGAAACUGGCUCAAAACGACCCAUCUACAGUCUCUAAACCAGUCGUCUCAAUUGCAACCAUGGCAAGAGUAUGCAGCCAGGUGUUUGGAGGAAAUAACUCACAGCGAAUCAAGAUGCUCAAUCUCCAGCAAAAGGCCGUCCUGUGCACAGUGGCGUCUGCCGAAAAGCAGCUCUCCAUUGAAGCCAUAACCUCUGGAGUCGAUGUGCCUCUCACUAUCCAGAGACUCUUUGAUCACUACACCAGCAGCUGCAAGAAACACCGCAUGCUGUCCCCGUUGCCAUUCAACGAGUUUCUCGAUGUUUGUAGCGCACUGGAGUCGUACUCGGUUAUCAACAUCACCGGUAUCUGUGGCAAGAAGAACCUGGGUAUCAAUGGUAAGGGAAGAGCUUCCAAGGGAGGAACAGGAGCUUCAAAGGGAGAAGUGUACGGCAUUCGAGAUGACUAUGUGCAGCGAAAGGUCACUCUCAACGUCCAGAGAAUGGACAUUGCAUCAGCCAUUGAAGUGGAGUGGUUGCAAAAGUAUUUGUAG